AUGGCUUUCUGGGCUGCUCCCACCGCUCCUGCUCUCUCCGCUCGUCGAGGUAUCAGCAUCGUCGACGUAGCGGCUCUUCCGGCCCGUACCAAUGGCCACCGGGAUCCCCUGUACGAUGCCCCCGUGGUCAUGGCCCGCCGGAUACAUGCCGUCGUUGACGGAGAAGUUCCGACAAAUCAGAUACGCCCGCAUGGCUGCAUUCUCACGGGCAAGGAGGUUCUGGCCAGCGGCGGCGUCGACAAAGACCUGUUUCUCAUGGUUAUUGGCCACUCGACACUGAAGAUCAAGGCUAAUGUGUAG